AUGCCGCAACUCCCAGAUAUUCCUCGUCGCUCGUACGCUCGGAUGCCUGAACAAUGGCAAGACACAGUUGAUCAAAAACGCGCCAAGUCUAGGGAAGCUAGCUUGAGCACUACACUAAGCGCCCGAUCGGUCUCCGAUUUCUUGGAGGCAAAAGUCCAAGCCUACAAUUGCGAACUCGAGUAUUUUGAAGCCGCCCACCAAGGGCUUCAUCAUGCCUACAAUGAGCACGUAAUCUCGCCCGAGGAGUUCCGGGACACCAUGGGUCCGUUUUUGUCGAAUGUGAAACAGGUUUUCGAGAAGGUUGAGACGAUUUCCAGACAAAGAAAAAUUCUCGAGGAGGAUUUGGAGGAAUUCAUGAGCUUGAAGCGUCCACGGCACGGAGAACCAAGCCUUGAAAUGCUCCAGAGAGCAUACUCCUCUAGCCUGGUAGCAAGAGUCAUGGCAGCCUCCGCAAAGCAACAGAAGAAGCGAUAUAAUCAAUCGAAAUUCAAGAAUGACGUGAAUGAUUAUUACGGCAUUAAUCCCACAAAUGGCAUCGAGGAUGGGGCUGGCUACUGUCAUGUACUAGGCAAAUUCGAUGCUAAGGACAUCAAAGCCGCGCAUGUGGUGCCGAAAAGCUUGAGUGUGGAUGAGAUCGCGCACCUAUUCGGAGUUGAGGAGCUUGUCCCUGAAGAUCCUCGGAACGCUUUAAGCCUGCACAGAGCGCUUGAAGAAGGUCUCGACAGCGGAAAGAUUGUGAUUGUACCAAUCGUCGAAGACAAGUCCAAGCUCGCCCCGCCUUUGAGGUGGAAGUGUGUGCUUACAGACAGUAAAUGUGGGAAUGAGACCUUGUUCCGACACCGAGGGGUGGAGACUAAGUGGCAUGAGAUCCACAACAAGGAACUGACAUUUCUGAAUGCCAACCGCCCCGCUCGGCGAUACUUAUACUUCCGUUUCAUAAUGACCUAUAUUAUUCGCAAGAAGGAGAAGGCCGAGAGUAGCAAGGACUUCACCGAUGAGGUGGAGAAAGAGGAGCCGUUUUGGCCGAGCCCUGGGCCCUACUUAAAGAAGUCGACUCUUGUGGCUUUGGCGAGAAACAUCUCAGGCUGCGAGCUUCCUCCCGCCCUGAUCGAAGAUACGACCUUCGAAACUCAUCAGGAAUUUUCUAAGGUCUCCGAGGUUAAUUCUAUCAUGCUGACAGCGCAAAGUAUCAUUGAAGCUAUGUCGACCAGCAUAAAAGCCGCUGAGGUUGAGGGGGAGGAGAAGACCAGUAACGACGAGGAUGGUGAUGAAGAUGAUGAAGAAAUCGUGUAUGAGAGCUGCUCCGAGUAUCUUUAA